AUGUCUGUUAUUGUAAACGGAGAGACUACAAAAGAUUUUAAAGAGACAAGGGGGUUAAGACAAGGUGACCCCUUGUCUCCUUUCUUGUUUGCAAUUGUGGCAGAGAGUUUAGCUUUCUUAGUUCGUAGGGUUGCAAUACAAGGGUUGUUUCAUAGAUUCAGACUGAAUGAGGUUGAAGAUAUCAGUCUUGUCCAAUUUGUCGACAACACCGUCCUCAUUUGUGAAGCUGAUUGA